CUACCGCCGCACCCCUUCCCUCCAGUCAGUGCGGGGACUGUGUGAGCCGCAGAGGAGCUCAACGCCUGGAGCAGUUGCAGAACCGAGGUCAGCAUCUGCGGUUGCCAGGUAGGCGGAUGCGAGAGGCCCGGUCUUCCUGAUUCUCUGGAGGCCACCCCGUCGCCGCUGGCACCAUGCUGUCCCCUCAGAGGGCUUUACUCUGCAACCUCAACCACAUCCACCUCCAGCACGUCUCUCUGGGCCUGCAUUUGUCGCGCCGUCCUGAGCUAAGGGAGGGGCCCUCGAGCACAUCCUUCCCCCCGGGGGACGCAGGGGGCAAGGAGAGCCGGGGCCCCUGCAGCGGGACCCUGGUGGAUGCCAAUUCCAACAGCCCAGCGGUGCCCUGCCGAUGCUGCCAGGAGCACGGGCCAGGCCUAGAAACCCGGCAGGACCCAGCACAGGAUCAAGAGGGGGCUGCCUCUCCCUCGGACCCGGGUUGCUCCUCCUCUCUCAGCUCCUGCUCAGAUCUUAGCCCUGACGAGUCCCCCAUUUCAGUCUACUCGCGCGACCUCCCUGGUGACCAAGAUGUCCCCCCUCAGCCUAGCAUCACCCCCCCGGAGCAGGGCUCCCCUCUGGCCUCCGCAGGCCCUGGCGCCUGCUCUCCCGACAGCUUCUGCUGUUCUCCCGAUUCCUGCUCCGGAGCUUCCUCCCCACCCGGCCCUGGCCUGGACUCCAACUGCAAUGCGCUGACCACCGGCCAGGACCUGCCUUACCCAGGGCUGGAGGAGGAGGAGGAGGGUGGGGAGCAGGACCUCCUGACCUCCGAGCUCUCGGAGGCCGACGACGGGAAGACCCACCCUGGGAAAACCGAACCCAGUUGGAAAAUCAACCCCAUUUGGAAAAUUGACACCGAGAAAACGGAAGCUGGCUGGAAAAUCCCCGAGGACAAUAACUCUGGUUGGAAAAUCGGGGGGAAUACUAACUCUAGUUGGAAAGCGGAGCCUGGAAAAUUUGACUCCGGUUGGAAGACCAACACAGGAAUAACUGAUUCUGGCUGGAAGACAGACGCAGGGAAAAGUGAUGGAGGCUGGAGGAGUGACGUCAGCGAGGAGCCGGCGCCCCACCGGACCAUCACGUCCUUCCACGAGCUGGCCCAGAAGCGCAAGCGGGGCCCGGGGCUGACCCUCGCGACGCAGGCCAAGAAGGACCGCAGCGACUGGCUCAUCGUCUUCUCGUGCCGGCCGGGCGCUGCGGACGCGGGCCUGUGCGGCUUCAAACUCAGUUCAGGGGCUUCCAGCAAGUCCGUUGAUAGGGACCUGGGGUGA